AUGUCGACCCUCUUCAUCCUCGUUGAAAUCGGGACAGUUUGCUGGAGAUCGUCGAAGGGAAAGGAAAAACCCACCGACGGCGGUGGGCAUCUCCUGGAGUUAGCUGCUGCCCCCGCCGCCGCCGCAAGCUUCAUCAUGGCCCAGGGCAGUCCGGCACCCAGCCUCAUGUCGCCUCCUCCUCUGGCGGUCGGCGGCCCCAGUUCCACUAUGGUCAGUCUCAAGAGCCUCCUGCAAGGACCGGUCAAGAGUCCUGAACGCCGGGGGGCCAAGGAACUGGGCUCAUGUGUGAUCAAAGACAAGGAGCGUAAGAUGGAGGACGAUCUGAGCGUCUCAAGACCUGGGCACUGUGCAUAUCUGGGGUCCCUCCUGUGGGAACGCACCUUGCCCUACAAUGAGAUUGAAUACGUAGACUUGGAUGAAUUUUUGCUGGAAAAUGGUUUGCCCCCAAGUCCAGCCCAUCAGUCGUAUUCCCCAGGCAGCCAGCCCACCGCCUCACCUUCCAGUGGGGUAGUGGUGGAUCUUAGUCGGCCAGCUUCUUGCGCGUCAUCGUCUUCAAUCUGUUCUUCAUCUGGUGAAGGUCUGGUCGGCAGUGAUUAUGACCAAAACUGCAGCAAAACAGGUCCUGUCACGCCAGUGUCCCGAAGCACACCCAGCCCGGUAGACCCUGAGACUGUGGAGGUCCUCAUGAACUUUGACCCUGACCCUGCUGAUUUGGCACUGUCCAGCAUUCCAGGCCACGAGACCUUUGACCCUCGCAAGCAUCGGUUCUCAGAAGAGGAACUUAAGCCCCAACCCAUCAUGAAAAAGGCCCGGAAAAUACAGGUUCCUGAUGAACAGAAGGAUGAAAAAUAUUGGAACAGGCGGUACAAGAACAAUGAGGCAGCAAAACGCUCAAGAGAUGCACGCCGCCUGAAAGAGAAUCAAAUCACAGUUCGGGCGGCUUUCUUGGAGAAGGAGAAUGCGGUCCUUCGCCAAGAAGUGGCCAAUAUCCGCCAGGAACUAACCCGCUACCGCAGCAUCCUCUCUAAAUAUGAAUCUCAGCACGGCACCUUGUAAAAUCCACAGCAGGGCGCUGUGCUCUUCUCCAAGAUCCCGCCACCGAGGUGGUAGGGCCACCCUGGUUUUUCAACCCAGACCCCCUGUCUUCCCGAACCGGGCAAACAAAUAAUCCAACGACAGAUGUUUGGAAUGAGGGAAAGGUCUGCGUUGAGCACUUUCCACCUGCAGGGACUAACCAUGGUUCUGGGUGCGCAAAGGAGAGUUCCUGGGUGGGCAUGGCCUGCCCCUCACCCAGAACAGGACAGCAGCCAAGAUGUUGAACUGGGCAUCAUAGAUACCUGGAAGACACAAGGGCUCUGUAGCACGUUGGAAGAUGUAUUGCACACACAAACACUUACAUGUGCACGCACGUUCUCUCUACACCUGUAUCUUAGGGUUUGGCUUGUGGAUGAACUCUUGAUCCAAAAGGCAAUUCAGUCAGAGACCAUCACGCUGCAAACCACUGUCUGUGUGGCAUUUGGACGGGACUUGGAUAUGGAUGACCGAGGAGCUCUUUAGGCAAAUCUCAGUGCCUAAGCUCGGUCACACACAAAUAGAUUUUUCAGCAGAUGAUUGCACACAGUUUAACCCUUUCUCAUUUCAUCCACCGGCUCUGGAGUUGCGAUUAAGGGACAGGCGAACCAGCUACAAAAGUGGAUGAGAUAUCCAGGUUUCCUGGGCUCAUCCCUACCCCAAUAAACCACUAUGACUUUACAUGCCCCUCUCGAGGAAGCCUCAAAGUCUUGGACACCCUGAAUGGAAAAAAUCCUUUCUUUUGAGAUCAGUAAACAUCAGGACUCUUCUGUCUAUAGAAUGCCAAAUUAAAUCAAACGGGUUGCUCAACUCAUUUUAUUUCCACACUUGGCCGAAGGGGACUUUACAUCUGAUGGCAAAGCUAUGAGGUUUAGUUUAAUUGUUACAAUUAUAUUAUUCUCUGUUUUUAGUUAAAAAAAAAAAGACAAGUGACUGCAUCUGUUUCCUCCUAGCACUGCCCAGUGUAGUGUCAUGUGUACAGAAAUGAUAAAACACGAGACCUCAUUUGUGUCCCUUCUAAAUAUGAAAUCUAUAUAAAUACAU